AUGGCUAUGGCUACUAAGACCUGGUCUGUUCUACUUGGACUAAUAGUCUUAUCAAUUAGCUUCCUCCCUCGUACUGAAACAACUUCUUUCAAUCGUUAUAGCUUUCCUGAUGAUUUUCUUUUUGGGACAGCCUCAUCAUCUUAUCAAUUUGAGGGUGCAAUAGAGGAAGAUGGUAGAACCGCGAGCAUAUGGGAUACCUUUGCUCAUACUUUUCCUGAAAGAAACAACUUUAGCAAUGGAGAUGUAGCAGUUGAUUUCUAUCACCGAUACAAGAGUGAUAUAAAAUUAAUGAAGGAUUUGAAUAUGGACGUAUUCAGACUCUCAAUUUCAUGGUCCAGGAUAUUACCAAAUGGAAAAUUAGAAGGUGGAAUAAACGAGAAAGGGGUUAAAUUUUAUAAAAGCCUCAUCAAAGAGCUCCUCCACAAUGGCAUAGAAGUCUCUGCAACUCUAUUUCAUUGGGAUCUUCCCCAAACCCUUGAAGAUGAAUAUGGUGGUCUUCUAGACUCUCAAUUUGUGGAUGAUUUUCGAGAUUUUGCAAGAACUUGCUUCAAAGAAUUUGGUGACAAAGUGAAAUAUUGGACAACUUUUAACGAACCAUGGGUUAUAAGUUUCAUUGGCUAUGAGAAUGGAAGAAAAGCUCCUGGACGAUGUUCGAAAUGGGUGAAUAAUGCAUGUGAAGCAGGAGACUCCAGCAUCGAGCCUUAUAUAACUUCCCAUAAUCUGCUCCUUGCCCAUGCAGCUGCUGUACAAGAGUUCAGACAAUGUUACAAGUGUCAAAAAAUUGGCAAGAUUGGGAUUGUACUUUCUCCUUUUUGGUUCGAACCUCAUACCAAUUCUCUUGCGGAUAAACAAGCAGUCAAGCGAUCCCUUGAUUUUAUGUUAGGCUGGCAUCUUGACCCUAUAACAUUUGGAGACUAUCCAGAGAGCAUGAAGACUUAUGUUGGAGAUAGAUUGCCUUCUUUUACUGAAGAUCAAUCCAAAAUGCUCAAAAGUUCUUAUGAUUAUAUUGGAAUAAAUUACUAUGGAGCUAUAUAUGCUGCUAAUGUCGAUAACGUUGAUCCUAACCAAAUUAGUUACUCGACGGACGUUCAUGCUCAAUGGAAAAGGGACAGAAAUGGAACUUUGAUUGGAGAAGAGACUGGUAUGGACUACAUACUAGUAUAUCCGGAGGGUAUCAAAUAUAUUUUGAAUUACACCAAAGACAAUUACAAUGAUCCAACAAUUUAUAUUACAGAGAAUGGAUAUCCUGAAUUUGAUAAUGGUACCUUGUCUUUGGCGGAUGCCAUGAAUGAUGCUAAAAAAAUAGAUUAUCACAUAGAUCAUCUCAGAAAUGUUCUGAAAGCUAUCCGUGAUUAUGGAGUUAAUGUCAAAGGCUAUUUUGCGUGGUCAUUGAUGGAUAACUUCGAAUGGGAGUUUGGUUAUACAGUUAGAUUCGGCCUCUAUUAUGUCGAUUUUAAAAAUAACUUAAAACGUCAUCCUAGGAAUUCUGCAUUAUGGUUUAAGGAAUUUCUGAAUAGAAAUAACCACGAAAGCCCGAAUAGUAAUGCGGAACUUUAG